AUGUUGCUACCCUCAUCACUACUACUUCUCCUUGGCCUCCUCGCCUGGAGCCCCAGUGCAUCAUGGGCCGCCAAAGUGAUCGUGGUGCCACCCAUCAUGUUUGAAUCACACCUCUACAUCUUCAAGACGCUGGCAACGGCUCUGCGCCAGGAGGGCCACGAAACCCAUUUUCUAAUUUCAGAGGGUCGUGAGGUGCCCCCUUCCCCUCACUACCACUUACAGCACUACCCAGGGAUCUUUAACAGUAGCACGGCUGACAAUUUCCUCCAGUCCAAAGUCAGUAACAUCUUCUCAGGCCGCCUGACAUUUCUGGAACUGUUUGACAUUCUUGACCACUACUCUCAGAACUGUGAUGCUGUCGUUGGCAAUGCUGAGGUAAUGACCCGCCUCAAGGAGGCCAAGUUUGACCUUCUGCUGGUGGACCCCAAUGAGAUGUGUGGUUUUGUGAUCGCUCAUAUCCUGGGUGUGCAAUAUGCUGUGUUCAGCACAGGCCUGUGGUACCCUGCAGAGGCGGGUGCCCCGGCCCCACUUUCAUAUGUACCCGAAUUCAACUCAUUGCUGACAGACCGCAUGUCUCUGGUCCAGAGGAUCACCAACACAGCUGUUUACCUGGUGCAACGCUUUGGAGUCCAUUAUAUUGCAUUACCCAAGUAUGACCGGAUUAUGAAGAAACACGGAGUGAAGCCUCAAGUAGCCAUGGCUGACUUGGUGCAAGGUAGCCGGUUGUGGAUGCUAUGCACUGACAUGGCUCUGGAGUUCCCCAGGCCCACCCUGCCACAUGUGGUGUACAUAGGAGGUAUCCUUACCAAGCCCCCCAACCCACUGCCACAGGAUUUUGAGGUAUGGGUGAAUGACACAGCAGAGCAUGGCUUUGUGGUUGUGUCAUUUGGAGCUGGGGUCAAGUACCUUUCCCAGGACAUUGCUCACAAACUGGCAGGAGCCCUCGCCAGGUUGCCCCAGCGUGUCGUCUGGAGAUUCUCUGGAGUUCCACCAAGUAACCUUGGCAACAACACCAAACUUGUCAAUUGGAUGCCUCAGAAUGACUUAUUAGGCCACGCCAACACAAGGGCCUUCUUGAGCCAUGGUGGUCUGAACAGCAUCUACGAGGCCAUGUAUCAUGGGGUGCCAGUGGUAGGUGUGCCCCUGUUCGGAGACCACUAUGACACCAUGACUCGUGUGGCAGCCAAAGGCAUGGGUAUCAUGCUGCACUGGAAGUACAUGAGCGAAGAAGACCUCUACACAGCCCUGACCAGCGUCAUCAAAGAACCCAGGUAUCGGCAGCAAGCGCGUCUUCUCUCCAACAUUCACAAAGACCAGCCAGGCCACCCUGUGACCAGGGCCGCCUACUGGAUCAGCUACAUCCUUCGUCACCACGGUGCCAAACACCUGCGCUCCGCUGUAUACGAGGUGUCCCCCUACCAGUACUUCCUGCUGGAUGUGAUUUUCACUGUGGGGGUUGCCUUGGCUCUGACCUACUUUGCCCUGCAACGGCUGGUACGAUUGCUGAGGGGGAAGAAGGUCGAGGACCAGAGCAGAGGGGGCGGCGUCACCAGGGAUGAUGGUAACAUGGCCAAUGGACAUUGCCAUAGCGAGAGCAUGGUCAACGGGAAACACAAACGCAAUGGCUCCUUGAAAAAACUAAACUAAGAAGAAGAUUAAUUAAUGUUUUGAAUGGCCAAGUGGGACGAAAAAAAAGUUACUUAAAGGACUCAGCUCUAGGUUUAGGUUUAGCGGUUUUAUAAAAGCUUUGAGAGAAAGUCAUUCUUAGGUCUGUGUCGAGCGGCAACUGCUACUCAGAGCAAGCUAGGAGGAUACGCAAUGCAUCGUGUGGGGACAUAGCAAGGCAUCAGGUGCUCAAAAUGUGUGUGUGCGUGCAUAUGUGUAUGAGUGCACUGAAGCAAAUUUAACAAAAACUCUUAACAGCAGCUACAACAAUACAACACCAAAUUGGAAAGUCAUUGAGGAUGAAACACAGGUCAUCGCAGGACAUUGAUUCUUCAUGUGCAUCUCUCCUCCAGUGGAAAGAUGAUGAAGAGGGAAAAUCCUGAGCGCCAACCCCUUGUCCUCCGAACGAGAUAUUUAUAUAUAUAUAUAUAUAUAUAUAUAUAUAAAUAUAAAUAGUUAGGAAAGAUAAAUACUUAGGAAAGAUAAAUACUUAGGAUAUAUAAUGUUUUUAACUUCAAACUCUGCUUUAGUGUCUGGUAAACUGUAAAUAGAGGACACGUCUAUUUAUUACUGUACAAAGGCAUUUUAAUGAAGGAGCUUUUUUAACAUAUCUUAUUUUUAAUUUAUUUCAUGUAUCAGUGGUGUGAUAGCAUGGUGGUAGACGUACACUCCCUCCUCGAAGCUAACAUUCACACAACGUGUGAUUCAUAGUGGUGAAACAAACAAAGCAAAAACUGACAGCAGCUGUCAUUGUAAGUCUGCACAUGUCUGUCUUUCUGCAGCAGCCUUAUCCACAAUAUUCACAGUGGUCUUGUUUUCAAACUCAUCAGACUGUUGAAAAUACGUUAAAUUUUCCCCCUCUUCACAUGGUAGUGCCAACCUGCGACUGUGCUUAGCUGUCCCGUUGUCUCUCGACUGGCAGUUGGUCCUGCUGGAGAAUAACUCACCUGAACGCUGUUUGGCUUGUCAGUGUGAAAAGGGAGAUCAUGUUGAUUUCAAAAGAUUGAAAAAAAAAUUAUUACGACCGAUGAUACUGUGGAUAGGCAGAGCCAGAUCAGAAAUGUGCUCCAGCUCUUCCAGUCAGGUGAUCAGGGAUGAGUCAGAGCAUUAUUGAUUUAUGAUAUCUUAAUUCUGCAUCCCUCAUCUGUUCAUUAAUCAGUAAGGAUUCGUCACUUGAUUGCCAGUUUUAAGUGCUACACUUGACUUUGUACGUCAGUCCUCUGUGAUUCUUAUCUUCUGUUGGAUCAUUUCUAACAUAUGUUGCAAAUGUUAUAUUACACUGUUCAGGUAGGCAUUUCAGAAUCCAUUCGAUGCUUCUCUUCUGCAUAAUUAAAGUCUGUUGGAUUUAGAUGUUGAGGUUCGAGACCAUAUGUCAUUAUAUUAACUUUGAGUAAGAAUGAUUCACAUUCUUUAUGUUGCCUUUUAUAAUGCAGAUAUGUGUAUGCAGUAUGCUUGAAUAUUUGCGUGCUUGUUGUGCUUUAGAUCAUGAGCAUGACACUUUAUAAUAGUUUAUCAAACAACCAGGCCACACAUAGUUCCAUAGUUGUUCUAGCAGCAGCAAAGUUGCUAACUGCAACUACAAUUGGCAACUUACCAAAGCCUCACACCUGGACAAUAUAGCAAUGUAAAUUUGAAGGAAACCGAAGAAAUACUAUCAGUUAACCUGUCAAAGUUGUUGAGGACUUAAUAUCCAUGUAUGAUAAUUGAGAAAAGCUUAACGAUCUUCCUUUCUCUGUGAGCUGCAAGUACACUUGCACGGCCCAACCCAGCCCUGCUGAAAACACAUUAUUAUUAUACUUGAAUCACCAUCAUUAUCAUCAUCUAUAACACCUUCAGUUGGUGGGUAUGGUAGGUGGACCUGCAGGUGCUACACAAGCUAUGAACAGGGUCUGGAGAGAAAAAAAAUCUUUGUGAAGAUAUAGAUAUAUAUACUUUUUUUAUUAUUUCAGUAUUAAUGUUGUUAUAGCCCACAUAGUUAAAUGUCCACCCAUGCCCAUCCUUUACUUCCUGCUUAUGUUUCUGGUUCUGUACUCACUCUGCAUUGUGACGUGUCUUUGUUCUUGUGAUUUUUGUAUUUCAUCAGCUUGAAGACUUUCUUUGUUCUGUCGUCAAUAGUGCACUUGCUUGUUCCAUUUGUCCACCUCUUUGUCUUGCUCUUGGCUUCCUGGUGUAUUCUGCUUUCUUUGUAUUCUUGCCCCCGCCCCCAUUUCAGAUAUCGGUACUUACUUGCUUUAAAAAAACAAACUCAUAUUACUUUAAUUAUAAAGAGUCCUCAAUUUUCUUGUCAUGUGUGUCCAUGUUGUAAAUAGAACAAUGUAAACAAAAUACUAAUGUUGAAUAAA